GUGAUGGUUUUGAGUUACCUAUGUAAAUUUUCAUGUAAGUAUUUCAACUUUUGCACUGGCUUGGGAGCUAAGUGUUGCUUUUCCAGUUUCAUGUUUUAAUUCUUCUUGAGCAGCAUGUACACCAUUCUCCCAUUAGACUGGCUGUUUAAUAAGCUGUUCCCUUUUGCACUGCGUGUGCAGUCUAUGCCAGAAACAUUAGCUGUAGUUUUACAGCUGUGGGUUAGCUGGUGUAAGUAUCAUAGCUCGGUCUUCAUUACCAACUUCAUGUUGGUGUAAAUGAUUAAACUUCUCAAGAUAGGAACUCAUUGGUGUUGGUAUAGCAUUUUAUUGUUUGAAGACAGACCUCCUUUGACAGAUUGUCUUGGACUUCCAGGGGCUUUAGAGAACUUUAGUCUUUGAAACCUAUUUUAUAACAACAGAUGUCAGAUACUCCCACGUCCUUGCAGCUGCUCUUUGCGUUUAGGUGAACCCGCAGUUUAGGUAACUUAAGUGUCAUGGAUCGUGUUUCCUUAGUGUUAGCAAGGCAAUGAGAUAAGAGCAAAGAGUCUAUGGACACUUCUGCAUGUAUGAAAGGUGCACACCUGAAAAACUUCAGAGACGUGGUGCUUUCAUUUGUAAUGCUGCAGUCUUCCUUCUUCCCUGUGGACCAGGUACUGGCUGAAACCCAACACAGCACUGUCCUAUCACUACGCUUAAUUUCAUUACAGUUUUAUUUACUUCUAGGCUCUUGAGUGAGGGGAAAAAAGUAAUCUGUAAAUGAAAAGCAGCAAGUGCUAAAUAGCUGUUUGAUGUUGCAAGGAAACACUGUGAUGUCAUGGCAGUGCAGCAUGAGCGUCAUAGUGAUGCUUGAGAAUGUUCCCUUGGGAUUCUCAGUCAGUCGGUCACUUCCUUUCAGCUGGCUGGCUGUCAGGACAGCCUGGCAGCUAAGGGAGGUGGAUUCAAUUGAAAAAAUUACUCAAACUGAGAAAAAAAUAAUUUAAAAUGGAGCUUUCCUCAUCGGAAACUUCAUGUGAUUCUGUUCUGGCCAAUGGAGUUGAGUCGUCAGCCUUGACUUCUCUCUGUCCGCCAUGUGACAAAAUUGCAGCUAGUGAUGCUGCCUUUGGACCUCCAACAGAAGAAGGGUCUUUACAGUCUUCAACUAAGCAACCGGGGUCAAAAAGAGAGCAUCUGAAGUCAUCUGAGGAGGGCUGUAGCAAAGGCCAUGCCUCUAUAUGCCUCAGUUUUCUGAAGAAGCUCUGGGACGUUGUUGACAAUGACCUGUUUGAGUCCAUUUGGUGGGGUGACAACGGAAAGUCUAUAGUGAUUCAUGAAGAAUUGUUUGAAGAGGAAGUACUGGCAAGGAAAGGACGUCUGAAAAUUUUUGAAAGUGAGAGCAUGAGAAGCUUCACUCAUGAACUCCAUCUGCACGGAUUCACCCAAAAGCUGUGGGAUUUUCCGAAAUCGGGUUCGCGCAAGGACUUGCUGGUAGAAGAAAGACUUAGGGAGUUUCACUUCUACUACAACCCACAUUUUAGAAGACAUUUUCCCUAUCAGCUAAUGAAGUACAAACAAAGCUUUGGUCUAAAAAAUCAAGUACCAGCAAGAUUUGCGCGGGACAUGGCUUUGUACGCACGCCUACAGAAAAGAAAAGCAGAUGCUGAGCUUGCGUGGGAAGACAGUUCCGAGGAGAAGAGCGGUCCAUUCCCAGCGGGUCCAAGGCAGAAGAGGCGCACCUUUGCACCCAGGAAGACUGCGCAUGUCAAGGCAGCUGCCCGAGUCAGACGCACCUCUACAUCUGCACGCACCGCCCCUCAGACAAAUUCAGGCCCUGUGGCAGCAGUAGACAGGGAGAAGCUCCAUCCUCUGCCCCCCUCCCUUUUGCCGCAGCACAGCAGCCCCGGCCCGGCUGGCGCCCAGGGUGCUGCUUCUGCUGCCGCUGCCCCAGGUCCGGCCGUGCCCAGCAGCCCCUUCCUACCAGGGCUGGCAGCAGCUGCUGCUGUGUCUGUGCUAAGGCCUCCUCAGGGCCCAUCCCCACCAUACCAACAGCGCCCGACUUGCACAGGCCCAGAUGGCGACCGUGCAGGCAAUGGCCUUGGACCCCAGCCCGGGGCCUGCUAGGUACCUUCCGCAGCCCUUUUAGUCUAUGCCCUUGCAGAGUCCAAGGGAACAGAGUCUCCUAAGUGUUCCAAUAAACUAUCUGAACACAAAGCCUCUGCCAGUUGUGCUGUUUUUAUAGCCAUGCCUGGCCUUGGGCCUUACUCCAGAGUCAGGAAGAUUUUCAUUGUAAUGCAGGGUGUGAGUUUUGAAAAACUCUAAAAGUGCCAAAGUUAGUGCCUUCCAUUUGUUACUCUUCACGCUUGUCUUUCUUUAAUUCAAUGUUAGAUUUCCAAAGCUUACUAGUAUUUUUCAUCUUAAAUGAGAGAAAGAAAUAUUGUAGUACUUCAUUCAAUUUUGUACAAGCACCUUCUAUUAAAGGCCUUUCUCCAAAGGCUGCCAGGUCACAGAGCUGUAUACUGCAGACUGCUUCCCCCCAUCAUAUGCACAUCUAAUGUACCUGACCUGUGAAUGAGGAAAAUCUGGUCCUUUCUGGACGUUUCAGAUUUAUGGCACAUUAUGCGCUCUGUGUGCAGACACC